GUGCCGCACUUGCUUGAUGCGCUGUGCGAGGCCGGUGCACGUCCCGACGGGUGCAACAGCCUCAUCCCCCUCUGCCAGCUGGUCGUGAGCGGCGGCCCGCGCGUCGCCGUGCGCGCCGCGUGCGAGCCCGGGCUGCUCCAUGCGGCGGCGCAGGUGGCGGGCGGCGGCACCAGCGCCAAAGCCGGCGCGGCUUCGGGAUUCCUGGCAAUGGUUCUACGGGAGCUGGGCCGCGCAGAGGCCGGACGUACGGGGGCCUCAGAGGGCGGAGAAUCCGAGGUUGCGCGCGAAAACGUGGCUGCAGCAACCCCGGCCAUCGUAGACGCUGCAGCGCGCGGCGUCGUGCGGCUCGAGUCAUCAGAAUAUGUCAGAUCAGCCGUCGUCCUGCUGGAUGCCCUCUUGCGCACCGAUGGAACGCGCCUCGCUGCGGUGCGUGCGGCGCUUGCUGCACGCGUGCUGCCCGCGCUGCUGCGGCUGAUGAGUCGUCCGGACAGCUUGGAGUCGGCUGCGAGCUGCAUAGCAUUCCUCAGCCACCUCGAGCCGGGUCGUGCCGAGCUCAUGAAUACGCGCCCCGCCACCUUUGCCGCCCUCGCGGUGGCGCUGCGACGCACGGCCGCCGCCGGCACCCCGGGCGCCGCGGCCUGCGUGGUGCGGGCGGUGGCAGAGUUGAUUCGAGGGGACCAGGCGGCUGCGGCGGCGUUCCUUGAUAUCGCCCUUCCGGGCAGCGUUUUGCCAGCGCUUGCACACCAUAUAUCAAGACCCGACGGUGGCAUCUGCCACGGCGCUGCUGCGGUUGCCGCUGCCUUGGUGGAGGCCGCUGAGGAGUCCGGCCCGCAGCGGCUCGCCGCCGUCGCCGCCGCGCCUGGUCUGCUGGCCGCGGCCGCUGCGGCCAUUGUGCGCGCGAUGACAUCAUCGGUGAGCGCCCCCCUCUUGGUGCGUCUCCACGCGCUCGAUGAGAUAUCAACCAUGGACUGUGACGAGGCCAUCAUGCCGACAGUAGGCGACUUGAUCGAGGGUCUCGACCGCCUGACUGCAGUCGGGGCGGCAGCUGUAGAGUUGAUUGUUGGUGUCGAGGGCCUGGAGGCGGCACUGGCGGCCGUGGCGGCUGAGCCUGCAGCGUGGGCGCGCAUGGAUGCUACCGCAGCGGCGGCGCGGGUGCUGGGGCGGCUGCGAGGCGCGGCCGCGGCGGAGGCGGAGGCUGGGGAGGCGCGGGGCCAGCCAGGGCUGGCCGCGGCGUGCGCCGCGUGUGGCAGGACGCAGGCAGAGGAGGGCGUGAGGCUGCGGCUUUGCCGUGGGUGCAGGGCUGUCAGGUGA